AUACAGGACGGGUGGACACUAGGGGAGCGAGCGAGGAGGCUACCAAAAAACAUCAAGCUUUCUCAAGGAUUGGUCCCUCGCUCGCCUGACGUCAUGGCCAUCCUGACGUCACUAGAGUUCUGCCACGCCCCCCACGCAGGGGAGGUUCUGCGGACGCUGCAGGAGAUGCGGCGGGAGGGCCGGCUGGUGGACCUGGUGCUGACGGUGGACGGUACAGACUUCCCCUGUCACCGCGCCGUCCUGGCCUCAUGCAGUGCCUUCUUCAGAGGAAUGCUCGACAACAACAACUGUAGCUGCAGCUGUCACUCCUUGGACGGUCAGAAGAAGUUCACCCUCCAAGACGUCACCCCAGAGUCCUUGAAGCUUCUUGUAGACUACGCCUACACCUCACAAGUCACCAUCACAAACGAAAACGUCAUGGGCCUCUUGGAGGCCGCCAUUUUGUUGAAGAUCAGGCCUGUCUGUGACGCAUGCGCGAAAUUCCUGGGUGAUAACGUCACGCCCUCGACCUGCCUGACCUUGAUGAGACUGGGGUCAGAGUUCAACUACCCAGAAGUCGUGAAGAAAGCGAAGGAAGUCGCCUUGAAGAACUUUUCGACGAUCCAGAAUUCAAGGGAAUUUCUCAAUUUGUCCAGGGAACAGGUCAUCAAACUCAUUUCCAAUGACGCCCUGAACGCAAAGAAUGAAGAAACAGUUUUUGAAGCCGUUAUGAGAUGGGCAAGUCACAACCCUGACCAGAGGAUGUCAGAGAUGAGAACGCUGAUGGAACACGUCAGACUGCCUUUCGUAGAUGUGGACUAUUUCAAAAAGUACGUUGAAUCCAACGAAGACAUGAAAUCUUACUGCUCGGAUUUGAUUCUCGAGGCUAAGCAGUGUUACUUGUACCCCGGAGACACUCUAACAAGGCGCACUCGCCCGCGAUAUGUUUCUGGCGUACGGGAAACCAUCCUAAAUAUCGGCGGAAUUAUCUCGGGAAAGCCCACGCCGGCGCUAACGUCGCUAGUACCGUCUUUGGACGAACCCUGUUGGCAGAAGUUAGCGGUAGAAAUGGCGGACACUCUGGCAGAGGAGAAGUCGUUCGCCGCGGUGGCUGUCGGGAUGUGUGACGUCAUGAUUUCUGGAGGAACCUCGUUUCCGAAAGACGUGUGGUUGUACCGGUCUGAGCACAACGCGUGGGCCCAUCUACCGGAGAUGAAACAAGGACGCUGGUGCCACAGUAUGGCAGCCCUGCAAGGUAAAGUGUACGCCAUUGGCGGGACCAUGUACAAGACCUACGACACAGUGGAGCAAUAUGACCUAUCCACGAAUGAGUGGAGCUUCGCUAAACCCCUCCCAGAGCCUCGGCAGAACCACGCUUCCACCGUCUGUGAGGGGAAAGUCUACGUUAUUGGCGGGAAAAACAAGUAUAUUUCUGCGUCGUGUGAUGUUUUCUCGUACGAACCGAGCUCUAAAACUUGGGGUGUCAUGGCGCCCAUGCCCGAAGCAGCUAGCUCUCUGGCUGCGGCAACUAUCAACUCACAAAUUUACGCCACAGGGGGUUGUCUUAGAGCGUUGUUUUGCUACAACGCUACAAACGACGUUUGGCAAACUGUCGCACAACUUAUGAACGAUAGGUCACCAGGGUAUGUGCUAGAGGAUUGUGGGAUAGCGGCAUGCGGGAACAAGGUGUACGUGACUGGCGGGAAGACGAGAGUCGGGGAACGGGGUAAGCUGCGCGGGACGGACACAGUGUGGUGUUAUGACCCAGAGGACGGUGACCUGUCGGACGUUUGGCCAAUGCCGUUUAAACUUCACUCACAUGGAUGUGUGACAAUCUGGACACACGUAGACUAGUAUUCACGAGUUUCCCAUCCCCAGAA